AGGCAGCCAGGACAGAGAGGGGCAGAGCCAGUCAGCAUUGGUGCCCCAUCUCAGCUCCCUAUCAACUUGGGAAACAGUAGCCCCGAGGUUCAGGAAGAUGCUAAGUUAAAUGUCCAGCAUGGCCGAAAUCCACACUCCCUACUCUUCCUUGAAGAAACUGAUAUCUUUACUCAAUGGCUUCGUGGCUGUGUCUGGCAUCAUCCUCGUCGGCCUGGGCAUUGGUGGUAAAUGUGGAGGGACCUCCCUGACGAGUGUCCUUGGGGUGUCCACCGCAUACCUGCUUCACGUGGGCUUUCUGUGCCUGGUGAUGGGAUGCGCCACGAUACUGCUCGGCUGUGCCGGGUGGUAUGGAGCGACUAAAGAGAGCAGAGGCAUGCUUUUGUUUUGCAUCCUGUCAAUGAUCAUUGUUCUCAUCGUGGAAGUCACAGCUGCCACCGUGGUCCUUCUUUUCUUUCCAAUAGUUCGAGAUGUGGCCUUGGAGCACAGCUUCGUGACCCUGAGGAAGAACUACAGAGGUUACAAUGAGCCAGACGACUACUCUACACAGUGGAAUUUGGUCAUGGAGAAGCUAAAGUGCUGUGGGGUAAAGAACUACACAGAUUUUUCUGGCUCUUCCUUCGAAAUGACAACAGGCCACACUUACCCCAGGGGUUGCUGUAAAUCCAUCGGAACCGUGGCCUGUGAUGGACGCAACGUGUCCACAUACGUCAUACACCAGAAGGGCUGUUUCCAGAAACUCCUGAAAAUCACCAAGACUCAGAGCUUCACCCUGAGUGGGGGCUCUCUGGGAGCUGCAGUGAUACAGUUGCCAGGAAUUCUUGCCACUUUGCUGCUGUUUAUCAAGCUGGGCUGACACCCAGGGCUGGAGAAGACGGGACACCUGGGCCCACCUGGCUGCUGGAGAUUCAGUCUCAGUUUCAUUUCUCUGUGGUACCCACUGCUUCUGGGGGAGAUUGUUAAUAAAAGACCCAGGAAACCCCUGUC